UGUUAGGCAUGGGAAGUUUUGGGAGAGCCAGAAACGGAACUAACGGAAAGCCGACCUGCCACCGCGGUGCAUGCUGGGUGAUAUUCAGGCAGGGUUAGGUAGCGGUAGCAGCCGGCUGACUCAACCUUCAGUUUCUGCUUCAGUUUCAGCCGUCCUGCUCCCUUCUGCUGCCUCAAUCCGACAACAUAUGGACGGCUCUGUCUUUAACUGAGUCAUGGACAUCAACGGACCACAUCUCACGGUGUAGCCAGGAGGACCCGUGUCGAUUUGUGCCGGAGCGCCAUGGAGCCCGACGUGAUCCGCAUGUACUCGUCGUCUCCGCCGCCGAUGGAGGACGCCGCGGAGGAAGACGACAACGAGUUCGGGGACUUCGACACCUUCUCCGGCGUCCCGAACAGCAUCAGCUUCACGGAGUUCGACACCCCGACCACUUUCAACCAGACCCAGGCCCUGACGGCCACCUCGCCGCCCGAGCUCCUCCUGCUCAACAACGGGCUCGCCCGUCGCCACGGCGGCGGCGGCUCGGCUAACGGAGCAACCCGCGCCCCGAGCGGCGAGCCGUCCAAGGCUAACGGCGUUGCGUUGGGCUGCCCCCCUGAAAGAACUGCCGAAACGAAAAGGGCUCUCUCCUCCUCAGGCCCUCUGGGUUUCUCCGUGAGCGACGCCGCCACGCCCGGCGUGGAAGAGCGCAACGGCGGAGACGCCGCGGAGGUGCUAACGAACGGGUUCGCCACCUCUGACGUUCAGGGAAGCCCCUCCUCCUCGCAGAACUCUGUCCACUCGCAUAUAAAAGAAGGAGCGUCCACAGAGGACACGGGCAGCAUUCCCGAGGACGAUUUUGCAGACUUUGCCGCUUUUUCCGACGCCGAAGGACACUGUAGUACAGAACGGGGAACGACUUCAGAGGACGAUGUCAGGGACACAAACAGAACUGGACCCGACGAGUCCGGCGGCGCCGAUUCUGUCGUGUCGGUCUCGGCCGCCGAGGCUCGGGGCGGCUCGCGCACGGACGCCGAUGCCGAUUCGGGGCGACAAAGGGACGUAGCCUUCGCGCAGGAGCGCUUAGCCUCGGAGGGAGCGUGUGCUAACGGGCCGGUAGCGCUGAACGGGGCGGACGCGGCCGAUUCCGGAGACGCGGCGUGCUGCUACGGCGAGAAAGACCUCUCGUCGCCGGACGCCGCCGGGACGCCGUGGGACGGGAAGGGCUCCGGUAACGAGACGGAGACGGAGACGGAGACGUCGCUGGGCCGGCCGCUGUCCACGGACGCUCUGGAGGAGUUCGGAGACACGAGCACCACCGGCUCGGCGCCGUCUCCGCUGCUCCUCCACGGCGAGACCGCCACGCCCGGCGACCACAGCCAGCUGGCGGAGGACGACGACGACGACGAAGAUUUCGGGGACUUCGGAGAUGCGGGCGCGUUCGGCGCCGGUCAGGGCUUCGCGGACUUCGAGCGGCUGGACGUUCAGCGGGAGCAAACCGGGCCGGGCAAUGCCGGAAAAACGCCCGAGGAGGAGGCGAGACUUCCCGUCAGCGACAGUUUCGGGAAUUUCAGCUCGGCGCCGGCCGGAGACGGCGGCGCGCAGGGGUGGGCAGCGUUGGGCGAAAGCAGCAGGCGGACGGACGGAGAGUCCUGGAGCGGCGUUACGCGCAGGAGACAAGUGUUUUGCGCUUCCGCCCGGGAGAAGAGGCGGGAAGGGAGGAGGAGGUUAGAGGAGGAAGAGGAGGAGUGGCAUCAAAGUGAACAUCCUGCAGUCAGCGAGGAAACCAGCACGACAGACAGACAGUCGGUAAGAACUGCUCCGACUGGGAAGGUUUUUGUAGUAGUUUUGAGUAGGGGUCCAGGGCAGGGCAAGGGCCAGGGCAGACCAGGGCCAGGGCAGACCAGGGCAGACCAGGGCCAGGGCCAGGGCAAGGGCCAGGGCAGACCAGGGCAGACCAGGGCCAGGGCAGACCAGACCAGGCCAGACCAGGGCAAGGGUAAGGGCCAGGGCCAGAGCAGACCAGGCCAGACCAGGGCCAGGGCCAGGGCAAGGAUUGCCACCACUUUGCUGGUCAUGGUCGACAGCGACCCCAGCCGCGGGCCAAGACUGGCGGUGCGCAGCGGGAUGAAGGUCCAAACGGUACCCAGCCCUGUCUCUCUCUCUCUGUUUGUCUCUGCUGGGUCUCUCAGGUCGGUGCGUGGCAGCGUGUGGACGCAGCUGCAGGACAUCCACGAGGCGCUGGGCCUCAGAUACCAGUGGGGGGGCUCCUACUGCAACAAAGCACUACUCUGCUGCCUGGGCAUCGACACCCGGAACAUUCUGUUCACGGGGCAGAAGAAGCAGCCGGUCAUCGUGCCCAUGUACGCCGCCAGCCUGGGGAUGCUGGAACCAACCAAAGAGCCUGUGAAGCCCGUCUCUGCAGCAGAGAUGAUCGCUUCGAUAGCGCAGGCGCCUCCGGUGGCUCCAGAGAAAAGCUCCUGUCCCUCAGACUCAGUCCAGCAGGAGGCGCUCCCACCCGUCCAGUUCGACUGGAGCAGCAGUGGCCUUACCAACCCUCUGGAUGGUAGGUGACUCCUCCCUCCCAUCCCUCCCUGCCUCCCUCCUUCCCUCCAUCCCUGCCUCCUGCCCGCUCUCGUCUUGUUUCCCUCUUUUCUAACCCCUCGUAGUGUUUCCUGAAAGUCUCUGUACAUGCUUGGGUCACAAAGUCACCAGCCGCUCCUGCUGGUUCACAGCCAAUCAGAGGCCAGACGGAGACACUGGCCCAAUCCCAAAGUCCUGACUCGCAGACUCACGAAAUUCGCGAAGGGUCCUCAGGGUCGUCCCUGUCACAACCUGGCUCAAAGGCCACGACAAAAGAGGGAGCGAGGCAUCGUAAAUCAUCAAAAGUGAUUUUAUUUAACAAAAGAAUGAACUCAACAGAACUUAAAGGUAUAGUGGAGGAUUUUCCCGAAU